AUGGGGCAAGAAGUCCAACAGAACGGAACUGUUUCGGGCGAUGCAAUGAAAAACGAGAACCGCUGUAACGGUUUAAAUAUAAAUCUGGACAUCUUUUCGACAUCAGAGCUCCUUCGAGUUCUCCAGGGAGUGCUUGGCGCCGCCAAGGUAAAUGAAGACGAUGCAACCCAGGUUCAUCGAUGGUUUUUCGACCCCGCCUCGUUGACCCCGCAGGCGAUUGAGGGCUUCGAGGCGGACCGAGCCCGCAUAACCCUGCAAGAUUUGUGCGCAAAAGCAGAAGCAAAAUUUCAAGGAGAGGACGACGCGCGACACAUAUCCUUAGUAACUAUUGGAAUCACCUUCCUUAGGGUUAUUGGUCGAAAGGGUAUCCAAGUCCAAGCCGAUGAACUGGACCUCGUCUGGCGGAUCGUUCGAAGUGCCCUUGCUGUUACCCCUGAGUCCAAACUUCGCUGGGCGGCAAGUCGAAGUGCGCAGGGAUUUUUAUCUGUUGCCCUCUGCAGUCUGAUCAAGGAUGGAAAUAUUGACGAACUCUUCCGGCUCCACAUCUGGAUGCCCGAUGGUUGCCGUGGAAAUGCCGACUUCGCUGUCCAUUCUCACCAGGCAUUCGCCCAAGGCUGGAUUCUUGCUGGGGAAGGGAAGGACACGCCGUAUAAAGUUAAGCCGGUCACUACCAUCGGCGAGGCCACUCAUGCCAGGUACGCUCUUGGUUGGACAGACAGCAAAGAUAAGGGAAGCACGACGUACAAAACGCACCAACAGUCAUCCACGGUCGUGAAUACCGGAGACUUCAUGCGUGCAGAAAAGCAAAACUCCACCAUCCAAACCCGGGGGAUUAGCUAUACGAUCCCUGAGGCUUCUUUUCAUACAUCCACAGUUCAACCGGACGUUCUUCAUGCGACCUUCUUCUUUUUCGACGCUAGUCGGGGUUUCGUCAUGGAUGCUCCGGUGCUUGGACCCAAAGACGCAGAGUCGUUCACCCAGAUCCGCGAUCCUGGCGGCAUUACUCCUGCCGAGCUGGUUAGUCGAGUUGAGGCCGUCCGCAGGUGGGAAGUUUUCAUGGCCCGAGGCCGGUAUCACAUGGAUCGAGCGGAAUGGGAACAUGCUCUCCGAGAAUUAAACAGUGCCCUUCAUCUCUGCCAAUCUGAAAAGGGGUUUCCAAACACUCAGCGCUACACCAGCAUCGUCCACGGAGGACUCGGCAAUACGUACCGGCGGUUCGGCCGAUACGACCAAGCAGAGAGCCAUUUGCGGAAAGCCAUGGACGGCUUAGGUGUUAGUGUAGAAAGGGUUGAGUUUAGUGGGGAGUUGGGCGUGUUAUAUCGCCACAUGAACCGAGUCAGAGAAGCUCGAUCGGCCUUCUCAGAUCAGUAUGAAACCGCCAAAGCUCUCGGGUUUGACCGCCCCACUUGCCGCGCAGUUGGCAAUUUAGGAAUGGUCUAUUAUCAACUCUUCGGGGAGACCGGUGACAUGGGAUUAUUGGAAAAAGCCAUUCAGUGCCUUAACGAACGAAUCGAAAGAGCGCGCCGAUUACAAGAUGAAGAACAAAGCCUUGAUCUGGGCGGAGGUGCCAAGCACCGAAGACGCCAGGGACGUACGUGGGAAAUUAUUGGUCUUACUCGCCUUUCCCUCUGCUAUUCUGCCAGGAACGACAACAACGCCGCUAUCGAAACUGCUUCAAUAGCCAUGGACCUGACAGCGGAUUCAGAAGAUACAACUGUCGUAGCAGUAACUCGUCUCUUCUAUGGAUUCGCUCUUCUGAAGGGUGGUCGACGGGAUGAAGCUCUCCAGCAGUUUAACCCUCCCUACGGGUGUACUCCAGCCAUGGCACUUUGCAAAGAGCCUUCAGAAGAGCACCGUCAGUAUCUACGCGAUCUGAUAGAUGCAGGAGCUGAUCUGGAUCUGGUCGAUGAGCAUGGAUAUACAGCACUAGACUAUGCCGUGUAUAGUGGUGAUCCUAAAAUGGAGGUUCUCGUGCUCGAAGGACUUCGCAAAGUAGCCGGAAGCACGGAGGAGGGCAUAAUUCAGCGGCAAUACGAAUCGAUGCUGAGAAAAGGCUACCGUGAGUUAUUCCAAGAAGAGUUGCGGCCCGUACUGCUCGAUGGCGGUCAUAAUUCCAUCGAAAAGCUCCGGAUCCGCUAUGCCCAAGAGCUGGCCAAGGACAAACGAAAGAGCGACAAGUUCGACCAACUCAAGUUUCUUCGAUAUUCCGAAUUUGUCCAGUUCGGAAAAUUCCCUAGGUCGGACGAUUCCAUGACGGAGACAUUCACCCCCGGCUGCGAGCAUUCAGCGGGCGAAUACAUUGUCUUCGUCUCUUAUCGAUGGCUGAAAGUGGCCAACGUCACAACGUCACCCGAUGACCAGAAUAAUACGCAGUACAAUCGUGUAAUUGCGGCUGUGGAGAGACUGCUACAACUUCAUCCGGAUAUCAAUCCAUCGCGACUGAGUAUUUGGUUGGACUACGCCUGUGUCGACCAGGAAGACCCAGCAAAGGGGGUGGCAGCUCUACCAAUGAUUCUCGCGCAGUGCAACGCGGUUGUGAGCCUCGUGGACGAUGAGUACUACACUCGAGCCUGGUGCUCCGUUGAGGUGAUGAUGGUGCAAACGCUGAAAAGAUCAUAUUAUUUGCAUGAAUGGUACGAACAGACUAGAGAAGACGGCGACCAAGAACUAUCCAAGUGGACACUCCGUCCGGGGCCAAUGGAUAUGGUGAUAACAAUGGCGGAUAAGAGGGUGACUUUGGAGGAGGAUCGUGCUAAGACCCUAUUUCUAGAACGGCAGGCUAGACUGCUUGGGACUACAUAG